AUGGAUAACGGUAGGAUUGGCACGAACAAAAGCAGGAUUGUGACGAAUGAUAGCAUGGUCAUGCUUGCGGUGAACUCCACAGACGUUUCACACACAUACCUGGUCUUCAAGUUCACAGCCCCGCCCAUCAACAACCCGCUUGACCCCUCCUACGACCCGCGUCUCGACGUAGCCCUGCUCCGUCCAGCGGGCCAAACCAUCCAAGACCAAGAAAAGUACAUGGAAGACCGCGAAGCGCACCGCCUGAACCCGACAGUCCCACCGCCCAUCCCGCGCUGGCAAUUCGAAUACUUCCUCCCGUCGGACAAGUCCAAAGUCCGCGGCAUCAAACGCAACUUCACGACGCACGACCCAACCAACGAAUCCGACAUUGACUUUGACAUUGCCGAAGACGACGACGGCCAGCCGCGCAAAUGCUUCAAGUACGACAAUGUGCGCACGUACGAGACGAGCCAGCAGGUUGGCGAUCCGAGUGAUACGUACGGCGAUGUUGUGGCGCUUGCCCUGCAUGAUCCGGAGAAACAUGCCAACGAGCCCCUCAGGGAUAGCAAGAUGCAGCGUGCGGCCUACUUUUACCCUAUUACGCAGCGCACCAGCUUGAGGCCUAGACGGCCUGGUAGGAUCGAUAUGACGGAGGAGCAGCCUAAGGUUGAUAUUAUUGAGGCUGCGGGUAAGGAGCCGGAGGGGGAGAGGAGGGAGGGGUAUCGGAAGAGGGCUGAGGGUGUCGAGUAG